AUGGAAGGGAGGAAAGCCUCAGGAUACUUCCUGGAUGCAAGGAUUUAUGAGCUGGUUGCCUUAUGUCUAGCUGAGUACAGCUUCCAGUUGAAAGGUGCCACUCCACAGAGAUUCUUAGGCUUGAGAUCCUACAACCUGCAGAGCCAAAAAAACAACAAGGAACACCACACUUCUGAGAUUGGUUCCCAGAGACUGUUUGUGCGAAGGGCUCAGGCUUUCGUCAUCACCCUGAACUUUGACAGACCCUUCCAUACAGAUGUGGACAAGAUUGUCUUCAGUGCUGAGACAGGUCCCCAGCCCACUGAAUCACUGGGAACCAAAGUGAGGUUUGUCCCAUCCAAGGCCAGAAGUGGGAACCACUGGAGUGUUUCUGACUUCAGCACUUAUGAGAAUUCGCUCCAGGUGUCCUUGUCUGCUCCAGCUCAUGCCAUUAUUGGUCGCUAUCUUUUGAAGGUAGAGAUCUCUCACCACCCAUCAGGCAGAGCUGAAUCAUAUAAGCUUGGGGACUUCAUCCUGCUUUUUAAUCCUUGGAGUUCAGAGGAUGAAGUCUACCUACCUAGUCAAACUCUAUUGCAGGAGUAUCUUAUGAUGGAUUAUGGAUUCAUUUUUAAGGGGCAUGAAAACUGGAUUACUCCAUGGCCUUGGAACUAUGGACAGUUCGAAGAUGACAUUAUAGACAUCUGCUUCGAGAUUCUGGACCGGAACCUGAACUUCUUAAACGAUCCCUCCAAGGACUAUUCCCAGAGAAACAGCGUUAUGUAUGUCUGUAGGGUGGUGAGUGCUAUGAUCAAUAGCAAUGACGACAAUGGAGUGUUACAGGGGAACUGGAGUGAAGAUUACUCCAAAGGAGUGAACCCUUUGGAGUGGAAUGGUAGCGUUGCCAUCCUGAGAAAAUGGCAUGCCACGGGAGGCCAGCCUGUGAGAUACGGCCAGUGUUGGGUUUUUGCCGCUGUGAUGUGCACAGUGAUGCGAUGCUUGGGAGUUCCAACCCGAGUAGUUACCAAUUUUCGAUCUGCACACAACACAGACGGCAACCUGACCAUCGACAUGUUCUAUGAUAAACACGCAGAGAUGAUGCCAUGGGAGAGAAGAGAUAAAAUAUGGAAUUUCCAUGUCUGGGAUGAAUGCUGGAUGACCAGAAAAGAUCUCCCACCAGGAUAUGAUGGAUGGCAGGUCCUGGAUCCAACUCCCCAGGAGACUAGCAGAGGGGUGUUCUGCUGUGGGCCGGCAUCUGUCAGAGCUAUCAAGGAAGGGGAUAUCCAACUAGCCUAUGAUACAGCUUUUGUGUUUGCUGAGGUGAAUGCAGAUGAAGUGAUCUGGCUCCAGGAAUCUGGCCAAGUGAAAGAGAUUCUUUCUCACAACACUAAUGCCAUUGGGAAAAAGAUCAGCACCAAGAUGGUGGGCUCUGAUGACCGCCAGGAUAUCACCAACUCCUACAAGUACCAAGAAGGAACAGCAGAAGAACGGUCUGUGUUCAUGAAAGCUUCUAGAAUAUUGCUGGGCUCAACAGGGUCUUCUUAUCCCUACAUGGAACGUAUGCGGACAGCCUGGUUUCAGGAAAAACCAGUCAAGCUACAGCUAAAGCUGGCCAAAACUCCUGAAUGGGGCCAAGACUUAGCAUUUUUCCUGAGGGCCAGGAGGCUUCAGGGCUCUGAGAUGGGAAUUGAGCAGCUCCUUCUGAAUGUGUGGCUUAGUGCCCAAGCCCUGCUCCAUGGGGGCAAUGCCCAGACUCCACUCUGGAGGGACAAGCUGAGCUUCAGUCUGGUCCAAGGGGAGGAGAAAGAGUUGCUGAUAACUCUGCCCUUCACCAACUACAAGGACCACAUAAGUGAUGAAAAGUUGAUCCGCCUGUCAGGGGUUGUAGAAAUUGAGCAGACAAGAAGGAAACUGCUGGUGAUGAAAGAUGUCUCCUUGGAGCUGCCCCACUUUACCAUUGAGGUUUCUGGGCAGGCAGUGGUGAACAAGAAAUUAGGAGUUUCUGUGACCUUCACUAACACUCAGGCUGAAAUACUUCAAAACUGUGUUCUGGUGCUGCAAGGCAGUGGCUUGAUCGAUGGACGGAUGACAAUUAACCUGGGCAUCAUCGAGUCUGGACAAACCAUCCAAGCCGACGUGGACCUAUUCCCCACCAAAGAGGGAUCCAGGCAACUUCAAGUCCUCCUCAGCUGCAAGGAGGUCAAGGAGAUCAAAGGCUACAAGGAUAUCUUUGUCGUCUCAGCCAGCUCAACCUGA